GGGUGCAGAUUAAUUAAAAGAAGAAUAAACUAUAAUCCUUGAAGAUAACUGGGCAGUUUUUUGUUAAGUUAUUGGUGUCGAUUGUAGACGUUCAAGAGGAGUCAGAGGCUGUGAGGAUUUACAGCAGUCUGCAGUUUUCCAGCACAGAUCAGUGUUUUUUAAGGGAGACAUUCCCCAAGCCCCUGAUUUUGGUGGACUUGGUGGCAGAAAUUAAAUUUGGUUGCAUCAUUCUGACUUGUGUUUGAGUCUGGAUUGUAUGACACAAGUAAUACAUAAACUUUCCACCUAUUUUGCUUAUAUCAACCAAAUCAUUGCAUUGCACCUGAACAUCUUGAAUUGAGGAAUUGGUAACUAUUUCAAUACUCAUAGCUGAAGCAAUUCAAGAAAACAAACGUUUCCUCAGAGGUGUGCUGCUUAAAAUUAUAUUUAUUAUCAAAGGCAAAAUAAGAAAUUUUAUAGCAUUUGUAGUGAAAUUAUACUAGAUUAUAAACAGAACCAAAACAAAGUUAUGAAUUCCGCUGAGGAAUUUAAGGAGCUCUUUCUCUGGAAAUUUAGAUUUUUCUGUGAAAGUUACAAGCAUUUUGUAUACGUAGCUUUUUUCUCUUUAAAUAAGCAACUAAAUAAAAAUGCAAAUCUCAGGCUUAAUUAUUUAACAGGAUAGCAUAGCAAUGGAAAACCUACAGACUAAUUUCUCCUUGGUUCAAGGCUCAAAUAAAAAACUGAAUGGGAUGGGAGAUGAUGGCAGCCCUCCAGCAAAGAAAAUGAUGACAGACAUUCGUGCAAAUGGAAGAGUGAUCACCAAGGUGCCGGUGGUUAAGGAGGAGCGCUUGGAUGACUGUGCACAGAGUCCCAGGGAGCCGCGUGCCUGUGCGUCUGUGCCCGAGCCUUUCAGUCUGAAUCCCAGUUUGAAGCAUACAUUGGCACAGUUCCACCUGAGCAGUCAGAGCUCCCUGGGUGGACCAGCGGCAUUCUCCGCCCACUGUUCCCAAGAAAGCAUGUCACCCACUGUGUUCCUGCCUCUGCCCUCCCCUCAGGUUCUCCCUGGCCCUCUGCUCAUCCCUCCCGACAGUUCCACAGAGCUCACCCAGACCGUGCUGGAAGGGGAGUCUAUUUCUUGUUUUCAAGUUGGAGGAGAAAAGAGACUCUGUUUGCCCCAAGUCUUAAACUCUGUUCUCCGAGAAUUUACACUCCAGCAAAUAAAUACAGUGUGUGAUGAGUUGUACAUAUACUGCUCCAGGUGUACUUCAGAUCAGCUCCACAUCUUGAAGGUCCUGGGAAUCCUCCCAUUCACCGCCCCAUCCUGUGGGCUGAUCACCUUAACUGAUGCACAGAGAUUAUGUAACGCUUUGUUGCGGCCGAGAACUUUUCCUCAAAAUGGUAGCAUACUUCCUGCUAAAAACUCUUUGGCCCAGUUAAAGGAAACUGGCAGUGCCUUUGAAGUGGAGCAUGAGUGUCUGGGCAAAUGUCAGGGUCUGUUUGCACCCCAGUUUUAUGUUCAGCCUGACGCUCCGUGUAUCCAGUGUCUGGAGUGCUGCGGGUUGUUCGCGCCUGAGACCUUCGUGAUGCAUUCCCACAGGUCACCUGACAAGAGAACUUGCCACUGGGGCUUUGAAUCGGCCAAAUGGCAUUGUUAUCUUCACGUGAACCAAAAAUACUUAGGGACACCUGAAGAAAAGAAACUAAAGAUAAUUUUGGAAGAAAUGAAGGAGAAAUUUAGCCUGAGAAAUGGGAAGAGAAAUCAAUCCAAGACGGACGCGCCACCAGGGAUGGAGGUGCAGUCAUGGUGCCCUGUGAUAAAGCAGGAAGGUGACCACGCUCCUCAGACACAUUCAUUUUUACACCCCAGUUACUACUUAUACAUGUGUGAUAAAGUGGUUGCCCCAAACGUGUCACUUACUUCUGCUGUGUCCCAGUCUAAAGAGAUCACCAAGGCAGAGGCAAGUAAGUCCACGUCCAGACAGGCAGACAAGCCUUACGGUAGCAGUAAGCAUCAGAAAACAGCAUCUUAUCCAGAUGUCUCACUUGAGGAGCAGGAGAAAAUGGAUUUAAAAUCAAGCAGAGAAUUUUGUAGCCAUUUAGACUCAUCAAACUCAAAUAAUUCUACAAGUAAAAAAAAGUCUGAGUCGGCGGCGCCUUCGACUGCUUGCAACUUUGUCAGAGACCUGAGUGCUACAGCUUCCUCCCCACUGCUUGUCAGAGACGUCACUUGUGAGGAUGAUAAGGGAAAAAUCAUGGAAGAAGUAAUGAGAACUUACGUAAAACAACAAGAAAAACUGCACUCAAUUUUGCAAAAAAAGCAACAACUUCAGAUGCAAGUGGAGAUGUUGGGCAGCUCACGGGCUAUGAAGGAGCUGACUGAAGAGCAGCAGAAUUUGCAGAGAGAGCUCGAAUCUUUGCAGAAUGAACAUGCUCAAAGAAUGGAAGAAUUUUAUGUUGAACAGAAAGAUUUAGAGAAAAAAUCGAAACAAGUAAUGAAGCAAAAAUGCUCCUGUGACUCGAAUUUGGAAAAAGAUAAGGAGGCGGAGUACGCAGCCCAGUUGGCGGAGCUGAGGCAGAGACUGGACCACGCUGAGGCCGACAGGCAGGAACUCCAGGACGAGCUCAGACAGGAGCGGGAGGCAAGACAGAAGUUAGAGAUGAUGAUAAAGGAGCUCAAGCUGCAAAUCCUGAAAUCAUCAAAGACUGCUAAAGAGUAGAGAUUCAUCUGUGUGUCACUGACAGGGGUCUUUGGUUUGUUGCUUGCUUUGGUAGUUGAUU